GAGGUCAAUAUUAUUUUCAAAAUGGCGACCAUGAACUUGACGAAAUUACUUUCGCCGAAGACAUGGCCUCUGUUUCAACGUCAAUUCAGUGUAACAUCUGUAAAUAUGAAGCAGAUGUUGAAUGUUCGAGAUGCAUUGAAUGCAGCCAUGGAUGAGGAGAUCGCCCGUGAUCCUAAAGUCUUCCUAAUGGGGGAGGAGGUGGCUGAAUAUGAUGGCGCUUAUAAGGUUUCUAAGAAUCUGUGGAGGAAAUAUGGAAGUGACAGAAUCAUGGAUACGCCUAUCACAGAGAUGGGUUUUGCUGGAAUAGCUGUAGGAGCAGCCAUGGCUGGACUCAAACCAAUAUGUGAGUUUAUGACAUUCAACUUCUCCAUGCAAGCCAUAGAUCAGAUCAUCAACUCGGCAGCUAAAACUUACUACAUGUCUGCAGGAAAAGUUCCCGUACCCAUUGUUUUCCGAGGCCCGAACGGGGCGUCAGCAGGUGUGGCGGCGCAGCAUUCUCAGUGUUUCGCAGCCUGGUAUGGUCAUUGCCCAGGGAUGAAGGUUAUUUCUCCGUGGAAUAGCGAAGAUUGUAAGGGUCUCCUUAAGGCGGCCAUCAGGGACCCAAACCCAGUGGUGUUCUUGGAGAAUGAGAUUAUGUAUGGUGCGCAGUUCGAGAUGUCAGAUGAAGCCAUGGACAGUGAUUAUGUAUUACCCAUCGGCAAAGCAAAAAUUGAAAGGGAGGGCAAACACAUAACUCUGGUGGCCCAUUCGAAGUGUGUGGGAACGGCGUUGGAUGCUGCCAAAGAACUGGCUGGAAUCGGAGUGGAAUGUGAGGUGAUUAACUUGCGAUCAAUCCGUCCAAUGGAUGAGGAGACAAUAACAAAGUCAGUAAUGAAAACACACCACGCUGUUACUGUUGAAGGUGGCUGGCCGCAGUUUGGCGUCGGUGCAGAAAUAUGCGCAAAAAUCUUAGAAAGUCCUGCCUUCAACUACCUAGAUGCCCCAAUUCUGCGAGUCACUGGGGCUGACAUCCCCACCCCGUAUGCUAAAUCACUCGAAGAUUUAGCGUUUCCACAAGCAUUUAAUGUUAUAAGAUCUGUGAAAAAGGUUCUGAAUAUCAAGUGAUGACAUUUUAUUGUAUUUUAGCGAAUGAACUAACGUUAGAAUGUUUUAAAUUUUUGAAGUGUGGUACAACAUCAAUUGAAAGGGGUGUGUUUAUGAAAGUAAUGUUUGGACAUGAUUUUUUUGUAGAUGUAAGUAAAGAAAACAUCUUACAGUUAUCAGUAUAUUGUUCACGGAAGUUUAGUGAUUGAUUGUUUUAUUUGAAGUAGUUAUGAAAAUUUAGGGGCGGGUAAUCCUAAAAUCAGGAUUGAUAACCUUUCAUUUCAGACUGCUGUAUAUUUACAAAACUUUUGUUGUUUUUUUUAAAUUGUGUUAUUGAUACUCAUUAUCGUAAGAAAUUGUCUAAAGAACCACACAAUGGGUUUAAAUUGCUUUCAUGAUAUUUCAAACCAAUUUCAACAGAGGUUCUUUGGCCCCUUAACAGGAGACUUGUUGAGACUUGUUUAUUGGAAUUAUCUCUUUCAGUGUGUGUAUACCACUUGAUAAAUUAUGUCAUAUAUGCUACAUCGGAAGGCAAUAUUUUGCUUAAAAUAAAGAUUCACAUGCUUUUGGUUGUAUGAGCCUUUAACUUACAAUACAGUUUUUACUUGGCUUGAAUUUUUCCAACAGCACUCAAGAGCUAUUUAAAGUUCUAUUUAAAGCAAGCGUAGCAAACAUUAUUGAUUUUACCUAUGCAGAGCUUGCAAACAUUUGCAAAAUCUUACCAUGGUCAUUUAAAGAAUAAAUGCGGUUACUGAAAACCCUUAAUUGCUCUUUGAUGCUAACUUCACAAAAUGCAUAUAGGUUGUGUAUGAUAAUGUAUAAGGAACUGUAGAAGUUUAUUGUGCUCUAUUUUGAGAUUUUGUUAUUUCUUGUUAAAUGUAAAUGCUGUAAUAAGUCGCUCUUAUCUUGUUAUUAGUAUUAUUGUAUAAUAAAUGAUUUUAAGAAACCAUGAUAAGCUAGUUUUACUAUAAACCUGAGAAAUAAUAGAGCGAUAAGUAACCUUUCGAAUACAUCAAAUUGCCUUUUGAAUUAUAUCUUCGGUUAUGUCAGAAAUGUCAGCGGUGUGAAAUCAAAACUAAGACAAUGAAAAUGUGCCGCUAUGUUUACAUUUUGUCUUAAAGCUGCACUCUCACAGAUUGAAUGUUUUGACAACUUUUUUUUUUUUGUCUUUGAACGAACCGAUUUUUGCAGUAAUCCAUGGCAAGCAUAUUAUAUAAAGACUGCUUGAAAAAAAAUCAGGUCACAGAUUUUUAUAUUUAAGUUAAAAAAUUGAUGUUUUAAAUGGAAAUAUGAAAAUCUGCGUUCUGACCUUUUUGUCAGCAAUGUUUAAUCAUUGGUUUGCAGGUAUUUACGCAAAAAAAUGCUCUUUCCAAGACAAAAAAAAAAGUUGUAAAAAUGGUAAAUCUGUGAGUGCAGCUUUAAAGUUAUGCAACUCGUUAUUAUUGCAUGAUGUUUGAUCAAUCCAUAUCCAAUAGAAAUAUGUAUUGGCAUAAGAUUUCAGUAUUUUUGAAAAUAUUUCUCUUCUAUAAUAUAUUGUACAAAUGGCUUUUCAAUUUUGGAACCCUCUUUUUCAUUAUUCAGGGAUUUCUAACUUCCACCGGGACCCAUAAAUAUGUGAACACAAGUUUGUAAAAAUAUGUAUUUGACUUAAUGUUGCAUAAUUAUAAGGACUCUAUAAUAUGAUUGUACAGUGUCUGUUAUAUGCAUAUAAUGGAAAUAUUCAUAAUUAUAAUAUUAUUGACCAUUUAUUACACAAGAGAGGAGAGAUUAUUUAUGUGAAUAUACUAACUAUACAUGUUUACAGACUAACAUUUAUUGUCAAUAGUAUCAAUUAUCAAAGAUCAUUUAUACUAUGCAUUUUCUUUGUUAACCCCAACCUUAAGUUUAAAGAUGCACUCUUACUCCCAAAUAAGAUUAACCAUUAUUAAUAAUGUUUUAAUAUUCCAAAAAAGGAUGAAAAAAUGUGGAAAACAAUGGUUCUUAUGAAAGAUACCGAGUUAAAUUUGAAAGAAAUGAGCAUAAAGCUCGGUAUUUCUACCUUAAGAGACUAUAGUAGACCACAGUAAAUCUUUUAGCAUUCACCAAUCAAUAAAUAUUUUUGCGCUUUCUGCUAUUAAAUGCACGGUUACAAUCUUGUUAUCAGUAAUUAAUAUUUUCCAUAAAUGCAUUAUUUAGUAAGUAAUUAAAGGUUUAUCACUCAAAAUUGAUGUUUGUUAUACAUGUGUAUGCAUAGGUUUUGAAUAAGAGUGUCACUUGAAUAUAAGUUUUGGGCUAAAGCCCCAAGCUCGAAUUGUGACAGUGUGUAUAAAUGAAUACAAACUUUGUAUACCGUUUGUUUUAUAUGAAGUUUAAUCUAUGAAUAUGACUAAGCAUUGAUCUGAUUUCAUGUAUAAGUUUUAACCUUGUUAUUAUCAUUAGAAACUAGUUAAAAAUAUUUCAGUUUGGCUGUGAAAUGUUUGGCAUUGUUUUACUAUACAAAGAGCAGGGUUUCUGUGUAAGUUUUUAGAAUUUGUGCUUCUCAUAUUAUUUGUUGUUGAAAAUAAACACUCUGAACACUG